CCGGCCGAACUGUCAGCUCAAGGUUUUCAACUUCCCAAGUUUCUUCCGAAAGAAUAAUGUGGUCUGCCCACUGGCAUGGAAUUAUCCCUUGCCAUCUACAUAUCUACAGAUUUACUCGAUCUACCUGGUGUCGCGUAGAAUUGCGUUUGCAUCAACCCCAACGUUUCAAAUUGAUUGGCUGCAGCUAGUGAGAGCUAAUGACGGUUAUAAACAGAGAUUUAGGAAUUUGGGUCUGACUGUUACCCUCACGCAAGUAAAGUUCUCAAGAAAGUUCUCAAGCUCCAAUUUCAAAUGCGUCUUUUCUUGGUCACAUUAACCCCAUUGUUGGGACUAUUCAUCUGGAGGAGCAAAUACACCUUCUACUAUAAUAUUUUAACAAAGAUGGAAUUGCCAGACGGAUAUUACUACGAGGGUGAAGUCAGCUCGCAUUGUCACCCGAUGAACUCUGCACCGAAUUUGUCAUUCAAAUACUGUGAGGAUGCGUCGUUUUGGGACCAUUAUGAUGCGGACGGAAAACUGGAAGAACGCCGCGUAGUUGUGUCUUGCGACUCUGGACGCAGGAAAUGGAAUACUGUAAUGGGUCCUUUGCUGGACCCGAUUCCGCGAGGAAGCUUGUGGAUUUAUUCUCCAAUUUCAGGCGAAACGACACAUCUAACUCUGGAAAACUUUCCCGCUGAACACACCUUCCACCCGCUUGGCGUCGAAAUUUACCCCUCAUAUUCCGGAAACGCCUCCUAUAUGUAUGUAGUCAACCACGCAGCAAACAAGACUGUCAUUGAACAAUUCCAGGUUUCGCCAUCUUCAUCCGUCGCCAAACACAUUCGCACCCUCUCGCAUCCGUUCUUUAUUGCUUCCAAUGCUCUCGCAUUGACAUCUCCCACUUCAUUCUACGUGACCAACGACCAUGUGUUCACCAAGCGUCUUCCCUAUGUCGGUGCAGUUCUUCCGAUGGUCGAGACAGUUCUUGGUAUUCCUCUCAGCUUUGCCGGACACGUUAUCAUCAAUCCCGAUGAGACGGAUGAAACUGCUGUGCUCUCACACAACGUUGUUGCACCCUUUGUGGCAUUCAGCAAUGGCCUUUCGAUCUCUCCGUCUGGUCUUGAACUAGCCAUUGCUUCGACUUCGAUUGGGACAGUCUAUUUUUACUCCCGUAAUACCUCCACCAAUGCCUUGACCUUUUCCACCUCAGUGCAGCUUCCAUUUCCACCAGACAAUGUCAAAUACGACCACGAUGGUAACCUUGUUGUCAGUGGGCAUCCACAUUUCCCGACUCUACUCCAGCUAGUGGCAGGGAAGGUUGACAUAGCUCCAAGCUGGGUGGUCUCCAUUUCUAGAAUUGAAGGAGCCGUAACUGCUGAAUACGACCUCAAUGCACCGUUAUCCACGAGCACAAUCGUACCUUCACCCGCAAACCAUACAGUGCAGACGCUCUUCCAGAGUAAUGGAAAAAUUUUUACUAGCAGUACCUCUGGCUUGAUAGACACCCUUUCGGGAAACUUGUAUGUCACCGGUCUGUACGCGGAGGAUGGAGCAAUUAUCUGUCAUCCAUAG